CAGGCGCCCUGAGGCUCCGCUCCAGCCCGGGAUGAUCCUGCCCGCGGCAUGGAGCCAGUGUCCGUCGAUGACUGCCGUGCGUGCCAGCAGCAGCAACUGCAGCUGCAGCUGCAGCAACAGCAGCAACAGCAGCAGCAGCAGCAACCGUCGUCUCCCGCCGACGGUGGAGAGAACGAGGAGGAAGGGGGCGAGGACGAAGAGAAGUCCAUCCCGGUGGCCUUUCCGCGCAACAUCCUGCGCUGCCUGGUGCUGCUGCUGCCCGUGUCGGUGCCAGUGGUGGUGUACGUGCGGGACGCCGACUCUACGCGACGCCUCUUCCUGGUCGCCUUCGCACUAUUCCUGCUGCUCGUCUUCUCCUGCGUCACCAUGGCGCUGGUGCGGUCCCGCAGCAGGGCACACGACGACGACGAGGAGGCUGCGCCCAGGGCCGGGCGCCCGUCUAGCCGAGGCCUGCCUUUCCUGCGGGCCAUGCCGUACCGCGUGGGUGCGCGGGCCCCUCCCCGCUACCCGGGCUACCGGCUGGCAGGCCACCAGCAGCUGAGCGCGGCCCGGUGCGCAGCGCUAGCCGCGGAGGACCCACCGCCCUGCUACCUGGACGCUCUGCGCUGCCCGCUGGCGCAGACGUACAAGGCGCGUGACACCGAGACGCCGCCACCCGCGUACGACGCCAUCUCCUGAGAUUCGGACUUCUCGCACGCCGUGAGAGAGCAUGGAGGAGGCGCGAGAGGCGCGCGCUUAGUGGACCAAGCAUCCUCGGCGGCGGCGGCGACGACUGGGCAUCUCGGAGA